GAGAGCGGCGCCUCCAUCCUCCCCCACUCCCCCCCGAUUCGAUCCCCACCCCACCAUCCGACGCCGCCGCCGACACGACACCGAAGGUGCGCGCCCAAGCCUAGACCGCGGGCCAUGCGACGGGACGCCGCUGGCCCCGGCGGCGGCGCCGGGUUCCACGAUCUGUUCGACUCCGUGCGCCGAUCCAUCAACUUCCGCACCAGCGCCGCCGCGCCCCCGGAGCCCCCGGCGGGCCCCCUCGGCGGGGGCCCUGCCGGGGGUAUCGGCGUCCGGAUCAGCUCCUGCCUCCGCAAGUCGAGGGGGAUGGGGCUGCUCGGGCUCAUCUCCAAGAGCCCCUCGCCGCCGCGCCGCCUGCUGCCGCCGACGCCCGUGCCCGCCGACGGGGGCGGCCGAGCGGGUGAGAUCCCGCCGAUCCGGUGGCGGAAGGGUGAGAUGAUCGGCUCCGGCGCAUUCGGGCAGGUCUACCUCGGGAUGAACCUGGACACCGGCGAGCUACUCGCAGUAAAGCAGGUUUUGAUCGGGAGCACCAACGCGACCCGGGAGAAGGCCCAAGCGCAUAUAAGAGAACUUGAGGAAGAAGUGAAGCUCCUCAAGAACCUUUCGCACCCCAAUAUUGUGAGGUACCUCGGGACUGUCCGUGAGGAAGACACACUGAACAUCCUGCUGGAGUUUGUUCCUGGAGGGUCUAUCCAGUCGCUUCUUGGAAAACUCGGUUCAUUUCCGGAGGCAGUCAUUAGGAAGUAUACUAGGCAGAUUUUGCAAGGGUUGGAAUAUCUGCAUAGCAAUGCAAUAAUACACAGAGACAUUAAGGGUGCAAACAUUCUUGUUGAUAACAAAGGCUGCAUUAAACUUGCCGAUUUUGGGGCAUCUAAGCAAGUUGCCAAGUUGGCUACUAUGACAGCAGCUAAAACGAUGAAAGGCACGCCACACUGGAUGGCACCUGAAGUCAUUGUGGGGAGUGGGCAUACCUUCUCUGCAGAUAUCUGGAGUGUGGGAUGCACAGUCAUUGAAAUGGCUACUGGUAAACCACCAUGGAGCCAGCAGUAUCAGGAGGUUGCGCUUCUAUUUCAUGUUGGAACCACAAAGUCGCACCCACCAAUACCUGAACAUAUAUCACCAGAGGCUAAAGAUUUUCUGCUGAAAUGCUUGCAGAAGGAACCAGAGCUGAGGUCUAGCGCGUCAGAUUUAUUGAAGCAUCCGUUUGUGACCGGAGAAUUUGAUGACCGGCAGCUACUCAAUCGUACUGCACAGAAGGAUGCUUCUGUGAAUGAGCUUUUCGCACAUGAUGCGGAUGCGCCAACAGAGAUGGGUUUGAAUCAUUCUGGCAACUGGUCAACAAUUAAUUCAAAUAGAUCAUCUAAAAUCAAACCCCUAUGGGAGGGUGGCGGUGAUGAUGAUGACAUGUGUGAGUUUGCUGACAAAGACGAUCAUCCAGCAGUUGGAUCUAGCUAUAAUCCUAUGUCUGAACCAUUUGAUGAUGACUGGAAAAGCAAGUACGACAUGAGCCCAGAGCAAAGUUCUCAUCAGUCGAGGGAAUUUGGUGGAUUAGCCAAGCAUCCUGAAAGCAGCAUGACCGAAAAUGAUUUUACCUUCCCUUGCGAGGGAAGUUGUGAAGAUGACGAUGUACUUACCGAGUCAAAAAUAGAAGCAUUUCUUGAUGAGAAGGCCCUUGAUCUGAAGAAGCUACAAACACCUUUAUAUGAAGAAUUCUACAAUAAAGUGAAUGCCGGGAGCUCUCAUGGAGUUGAUCAAACUUCCAAUGGUAAAUUCAUAAAUAGUCCGAAACUACCCCCUCGUGGAAAGUCGCCCCCAGGUAAGAUGAGGGGAGGUCCAGCGGUGGCAACGCCUUGUGAUACCAUUUUGAAUAGCAGUACGAUGGCUGAAAGCUGCAGCAGGCAAUUCUCAAGAGAUGGCGGUGUAGAUAGCAGCCGGAUUUUGAGAGAAAUAGCUUCCCCUCAGCUCAAUGAGCUUGGGGAUAAAGUUCAUAUUGAUGUCCAAGAUAGCCCAAGCAUCAGCUUUGCUGAGAGGCAACGAAAAUGGAAAGAGGAGUUGGACCAGGAGCUUGAGAGGGAAAGAGUGAUGAGGUUAGCUGGCUGUGGCAAGACACCGUCUCCAAGUAGACGGCCCAGCAUCGGGAAGCGAGAGCGCCAUCAAUAGACAGCAACACUCGUUCCACAGUGAGCGAAGAUAGCUAUACAGUGCUAGUGACUGGCGGCAACAGCAGUACAGUCUGCAAGCUUGAUUGUUCGCCACACAGUGCAUAUCCAGAUGGCCGCCCAAAUCAGCCUGGUGCAAGUAGAUCUUCUUCCAACUUCAAAGAGGACCGGGGUAGGGGGCAGCCUUCUGGACUCAUGGCCAUGACCAUAGUGGCGACGCUACCCGAAGAAGGGCGUACUAACCUGGGAGAACGUUGUGCUGACAGUUUCCUGCCAAGGGUUGUGACAUUUUUCAUUCUUUGCGGUGCUAUGCGUGCUGUGUUUCAGUCGCAUGGCUUAUAUUUGAGGCCUAUAUAUUGAAAACAAAGUUUGUUGUAUAGAUUUUGGGUUGGCGAGCAACAUGGGGCAUGGGGCUUGGUUUUGUAUGGAGCUUGUUUAUGAAAAGCGUGUAAUAAGCCAGGUAAUGCAGAUUAUGGAAGAUUUCGUUUGUUGAUUGUUAAUUUUC